AUGCUUGUGGAGCUUAAAAACGGCGAGACCCUCAACGGACACCUUGUCCAGUGUGAUACGUGGAUGAAUCUUACUCUUCGAGAAGUCGUACAGACCAGUCCGCGAGGCGACAAGUUCCUCCGGUUAAAAGAAGCUUACGUCAAGGGCAACAACAUCAAAUACCUCCGCGUCGACGACGACAUUAUCAAUCAGGUCAGCGAAUCGCAAAAGGGCCAACAAGGAAACUUUAGAGGCGGACGUGGUGGUCACGCCUCAUCAAGAGGGGACCAUGGCCACGCCGGUGGUCGUGGAGCUGGAGAUAGGGGCAGGGGAGGACGGGGCUCCGGCCGCGCUGGAAGGGCAAGGGGCCGAGGCCAAUGA